AUGCCUCUCACACGCAGCGGUCUUCGGCUGGCGAAGGACAACAAUGAUGUUGAAUUCGUGGCCGAGUAUGAAAGUUAUGCUUUCGUCGAUUUAACGAAGCUUGAGAGAAGAAAGGUCUCGAAAAAAGCUCCUCUCAUCAAACAAGAGUUCAUCGCGCCUGCCGAAAAUGCCACUUACAAUCAAGCCCGAAUUGAGACAGAUGUCAAGAAGUCUCAUUCCGCCGUCGACGUUUCCAAUUCUGAGCCCACAAAUUACGAAGCUUCAAAUGACCAAGUUUUUCGCGUCGAUGAAAUAGUUGAAGGAGAUCGCGACAAUGUUCCGAUGGAGAUCGACGUCGUGGACUCCGAAGCUGGUUUGAGCGUGUCUACGCCUAACAACGGUCACUAUAAUUAUGACAUGGCAUUUCAAGUGACUGAAAUCAUCGAAGAGAGCAGCGAGGAUGACCCAAUGUCCGAAGGAGAAGACAACGAGGACACUCCUCCAGCGAUCUUCCUUCAACGGAGAGGAUCGAAGGACUCUGGUUUUGAAUCGCCACCGGCUACCUGCGAUAGGGAAGAACCUAACUCAGAUGUCAUGGACGAGGAUGAUCUUUUCCUCGCUCCUAAAGAUCUGAAGGAUGGUCAGACUCUCGCUUCUCCGGAGGUUCCAGAGGAGCAGGGCCAGGUCGAACAGAUAUUGACACCAGAAGAUCAAAUCGAUAACGUUAAAACUGAGCCUGCAGAUGAUGAAGAAGAGUACCUCAGACAAUUAAAUGCCGUGAAGAAGCUUGAAAGUGAGGUGAUGUGUCGACUAGUCGAAAAUAUAAACGAUCACUUCGCUCUUCUGGAAAAUAAAAAGCCAGAACAAGCAGAUAAUACUCCAACUCCGCGAGCAUUGCCUGACCUUGAACAAAUGGAAUCGGCGGGGGAGCAGCAAAUUGACAAAAAGAAGCCUGGUAAAAAAGCGUUCAGACGAGGGUACACCCAAUUCCCCGAAAAACUACGAAUGCUCGCGAGAGACAUCAACGUUCCUUCCGUGACCUUUACUGAAGAAGGACUCGGCUUCAUCUUCAGUCCAGAUCGAUUCGAGCAGGAAUGGUUACAGGUGAAAUCAAAGGAAGAGAAGCACCCAAUUAAUACAAUCAAAUGGGCGAGUUUUCAACGAAACCUCAACAACUACGGCUUCAAGCAAUUUAACUUGAAAAACAAAAAGGCGAAGGACAUCAAACAAAAGAUAUUUUUUGUCCCAAAAGAUGUCGAUGAACAUCUUGGCACAAAUCACAAAUACAAGAUCGCCAAGUUUCCAAAGUCUUCUCAGCAUGCCCAAAAGCAGGAGCCGAAGCAAGAAAUUCAGUCCACCAAUUCGCCAAUACCAGUGCAAGUCGGUGACAGCAAGACCGAUAUCUUUUAUCAGCCGCCCUACUGUCCAGGGUACUCCCAACCGACACCGAUGCCAGGAUAUAUGCAACUUCAGUAUCCCUACUUUGGAAAUUCGAUGCAUUCAUAUCCAAGUGUGUCCACCUACCAGCCAAUUCACCCCCCUUAUGGAUACUCUCAUUCACCUGGUCUUUACAUGGGUCAGCAGCCGAUGAUCCAAGCUUCUCCUGCUACUAGUAUGGACGGUGAAUGCAAGACUUUCGUGGAGAAUUCCUUCUAG